CGAUAACCAUCAAAAGUUCCUAACUUUUAUUUUAUAUUUUCAUCUUUAAUCUUCAUAGCAACCUAAUUUCUUUUCUUUUUUCGUCAUUUAAUAAUUUCAACAAGCCCCAAAAUAAAUGAAAAAGAUUCUUCAAUGAAGGCAAGAACAAGAAUAGAUCUGAUUAGAUCAGCUUAGCAUAUUAGCAAAUAAUUGAAAAAAAAUGGCUACAGAGACCAAAACCAAUUUAGUUAAGGCGAAGAACAGUGGUCAAGAUGGUUCUUCAAAGCCAAAAUUUGAUGCUGUUAUCAACAAAAAGAAGAUCGAAACUUCAAGAAAACAGCCUGUUGAUUCCAAACAAAAAUCUGUAAUAACAAAAGCAGAGGUAAAAUCGAAAACAAAUUCAAGCUCAUCAAAAACCACUGCUACUACAAAAACUAAAGUUAGGGAGAAAAAAGUUUAUACUUUGCCUGGUCAAAAACAUGAUCCUCCAGAAGAGAGAGAACCAUUACGAAUAUUUUAUGAAUCUUUGUCAAAACAAAUACCAACAAGUGAAAUGGCAGAAUUUUGGAUGAUGGAACAUGGCUUGUUGUCCCCUGAGAGAGCUAGAAAAGCGUAUGAAAAGAAGCAGAGAAGGCAGAAGCAAAUCCGGGCCGGCACUCCGAUUAAACCUUCGAAACCAAGCAACAAACCCGAGAGUUCAAAAAACGGAGAUGUAAAAGCCAAGAAAAGAAUCAACAAUGAUGCCGAUGAUGACAGCGACGACUUCAUUUUCAGUCCCAAGAGAAGGAAAGGGUAAGAAACCAAAGUGUUUGUACUGCUGUAUUACUAAGAAUAUAUACUUCGAUUUCAACACCCAUUCACAAUGACAGAACAAGACAUUCUUUAAUGUUUUUUUUUCUUUCUAAUUUAAUGGAAAUAAUAAGCAAAGAACAAGUUUUCCUGA